CAACUCAGAGAAAGCGAGAAAAUGGCGGCAGUGACAAUGCCCGAAGAGCCGCCGCCUGGCUCUGGGGUUGCCCCUGUCUCUGCGGCGGGCUUCCCCUCCCCACAGGGCCAAACCGGCACCUCCGGAUCCAACCCGCUGUCGCGCAAGCUCCGCAAAGUGCUGGAGACACGGUUGGAGGCUGACAAGGAAAUGUUGGAAGCUCUCAAGGCUCUUUCAGUCUUUUUUGUAGAAAACAGUUUGCGUACAAGAAGAAAUUUGCGUGGGGAUAUUGAACAUCGGAGCUUAACCAUAAAUGAGGAAUUUGUCUCCAUUUUCAAGCAAGUGAAGGAGGAGCUUGAAAGCAUUAAUGAAGAUGUGCAAAUUAUGAAUAACUGCUGCCAGGAAAUGACCAGUCACUUGAAGGCAGCCAAGGAACAAACUCAGGACUUAAUAGUCAAGACAACUAAGCUUCAAGCAGAGAACCAGAGAUUAGAAUUGAAAGCACAAGUUGCAGAUGCUUUCAUAGCGGAAUUCCAGCUUUCUCCAGAAGAGAUGAAUAUCCUUCGAGGUGCAAGGGACGGGCCUAUUACAGAGAGUUUUUUCAAAGUAUUAGGAAGAGUGAAGCAAAUUCACAGUGAUGUCAAGAUUCUGCUGCGUACAAACCAGCAGAGAUCAGGCCUAGAAAUUAUGGAACAGACGGCUUUGCUCCAAGAGACUUCAUACGAGCAGCUUUACCGGUGGGCUCAAGGUGAAUGCAGGACAUUAACACAAGAAUCGUGUGACGUUUCUCCGGUUUUGGCCCAAGCAAUGGAAGCUUUACAAGACAGGCCUGUUCUGUACAAAUACACACUUGAUGAGUUUGCGACAGCCAGAAGAAGCACAGUGGUCCGGGGCUUCAUAGAUGCUCUUACCAGAGGCGGCCCAGGUGGUACUCCUCGGCCUAUCGAAAUGCAUUCCCAUGAUCCUUUGAGGUACAUAGGAGACAUGUUGGCCUGGUUGCAUCAAGCGACCGCUUCUGAAAAAGAGCACCUGGAAGCCAUGUUAAAACUUGUAACUGCCGAAGGUGUGGAAGAAACGAUGCAAGAAGUAGUUGGACACAUCACAGAAGGUGUUUGCCGGCCUCUUAAGGUUAGAAUUGAACAAGUGAUCGUGGCUGAACCAGGAGCAGUCUUGCUAUAUAAAAUUUCUAACCUUCUCAAAUUCUACCACCAUACCAUCAGUAAUAUCGUGGGGAACAGUGCAGCUAUGUUGUUAACAACGAUUGAAGAGAUGCAUCUGUUGAGUAAAAAGAUAUUCUUCAACAGUCUGGGCCUACAUGCAAGUAAACUGAUGGAUAAGAUUGAACUCCCCCCUGCUGAUCUUGGCCCAAGCUCUGCGCUGAAUCAAACGCUCAGUCUGCUGCGUGAAAUUCUGGCAUCCCACGAUUCCUGCGUCGUUCCUGUGGAUACUCGUCAAGCUGACUUUGUACAGGUUCUGUCUUGCGUGCUAGAUCCUCUCCUGCAGAUUUGUACUGUGUCCGCCAGUAACUUGGGGUCUGCUGACAUGGCAACCUUUAUGGUGAAUUCACUUCAUAUGAUGAAGACGACUCUGGCCUUGUUUGAAUUCACCGAUAAACGGCUAGAGAUGUUACAGUAUCAGAUUGAAGCACAUUUGGAUACGCUUAUAAAUGAACAAGCUGCCUUUGUUUUGACAAGAACAGGCCUGAGUUACAUAUACAAUAUUGUACAGCAACACAAACCGGAACAGGGUCCCUUGGCAAAUGUACCCAGUAUGGAUUCCACAUCAUUAAAAGCUGCAAUGGUACAGUUUGAUCGUUAUUUGUCUGCUCCUGAUAGUCUGUUAAUGCCACAAAUAAACUUUCUUCUAAGUGGUUCUGUUAAACAGCACAUCAUAAAACUGUCCACAGAACUCAUCUGCAGAGCCUACAGUGAAGUAUAUUCAGCUGUGAUGAAUCCUGACAAUGAAUAUAAAGAUCCCGAAACGAUCCUACAAAGAUCUCCUCAUCAAGUUCAGGCACUUCUCUCCUAGGCUUAUCGGCUCCAAAACUUUUACUUUGGAUUUUCUUUUACUUUGGAAUGUAUCCGUGCCAUUACAGAACAGGUAACAGCGGUUUGGUUUUCUUCUCGUUGGCAGCCCUGUUCAGACCUACGUUCUUGGGUUGCUGUUGUGCACUGCUGCCGUACACAGAAAUUCUGAUGAUUGCUGCAAGAUUUAAACCACCGUGUUGUUUGCCGGGUUGUGCCUGUAUCGGUAGAUGCUUAAUCGAGGGAGGACCAUCAAAGCAUUUAUUAGAUUUAAAAUUACUUUUGCAUUAUAAUGAAACUCGAAAAGGCGUUGUCAGAAAAUCCAGGCUUAUUUGCGUGAGAAAUAAUCCAUAGUAUUUUAUUUAAUUAUAAAGAGAAAUGUAGUGUAAUGACAAUGUUUUCUACUUCUGUUGCUGAUAUUCCAAUCUUUGUGCAGCCUUACCAUAUUUUCCCUGACACAUUUGACAAGACGAUGCAAACCUUGAGAUUAAAGCAGGGUCUGAAUUCUU